AUUCUGAGAAGUAAAAUUGUAAACAAAGUCUCUCUCGGUCUCUCUGAUAUCCCAAAAGUCUCAAAGAAAAUUCUCAUUUUCCUACAAAUCUUGAGAAAUUCACAGAGAUGCGUCGACGUGCUGGCAUUGGGGCCAUUCAGAAGCAAAAGCUGGAGGCUGAAAAGUACAAAGAUAAGGGAUUUGAGAUUCAGGAAUCGCAAUUUGAGCAAAUGUCCCGGCAAAUGGAGGUCUUCAGGACAAAUCUGGAGGAAUUCGCCAUGAAGCAUCGCAAUGAGAUUAAGAAGAAUGCCCAAUUUAGGCGACAAUUCCAAGAAAUGUGCGCCACAAUUGGGGUUGAUCCUUUGGUGUCAGGGAAGGGAUUCUGGAGUAUUCUUGGUAUGGGAGACUUCUACUAUGAACUGGCUAUUCAAGUGAUUGAGGUCUGCCUGGCGGCUAAUGAUGACACCGGAGGGCUCAUUGAGUUGGAUGACCUGAAGAAGCGCUUGAAUGCCUCACGGGGUGCCAAUAAGCAGGCAGUCACGAAGGAUGACAUCCUCACGGCCACGAAGAAGCUGAAAAUCUUUGGGAAUGGCUUCAAAGUACUCCCUGUGGGGCCAAGCAAGUAUAUGAUUCAAUCAGUGCCAGGAGAGCUGAGCUUAGAUACCACAGCUGUCCUCAAUGCUGCUGCAGAGGAGAAAGAUGGAAGUAUAACGCUGGAAGUGAUUAUCAGGAAACUAGAAUGGACGGAUUUCCGGGCGAAACAGGUGAUGGAUAAAAUAAUUGGCGAUGGGCUUGUUUGGGUUGAUCUACAGGGUGACGCACCAGCCUACUUCUUCCCCAGUCUCUUCCCAAAGGACUAGUCGGCACAAGGUGUUCCUCUGGACAUACUCUACUAACUAGAUUGCAGCAGAUGUGUUCCCCUUUACAUGCUUUGCACCACAGCACGUUAAAUUAUAAAGAAAAAUUGUAUAUUUUAUAAUAUAAAAUAAAAUGUUAAUAUUUUUAUUAUUAA